GGCGCGGGGCUGGCCAACCUCGGAAACACGUGCUUUCUGAAUUCGGUCCUCCAGUGCUUAACACAUACACCGGCGUUGGCGAACUUCGCGCUGCGCGGAGAGCACAAGAAAUAUAAAACGGGCGGUUCAUUCAACGCUUUGUAUGAAAUCGGUGAGCACGUGGCUCGGGCGUUGAACUCGAGUGGGAGAACGAUUGCGCCGACGGCGUUGGUGAAGAAUUUAAGAGCGCUUUCAAAGACCUUUCGUAAAGGUCGACAGGAAGAUGCUCACGAGUUGGCGCGUUGUUUGUUAGAUGCGAUGCAUAAGAAGUGUGUCGAAGUAGUUAAGCCAAAGAUAUCGCCGAAUUCGGCGCGUGCGGAGACGAGCUUUGUUUGGAAGGUUUUUGGAGGUCGGCUGCGCUCACAGGUGAAUUGUAAGACGUGCGGUCGCAACUCGGAGACGUUCGAUCCAUUUCUUGACUUAUCCUUGGAAGUUGGCCGGGCGAAAAGUGUAUUAGGUGCUUUCAAGAUGUUCACGCACACUGAAGUGCUCGACGGUGACAACAAGUAUAGGUGCGAAGGCAAAAGCGCGAAUUCAAAGAGUCACUUGACGAAGGCUUCGAAGCAGUUCACGGUGAAUCAGGCACCAAACGUGCUCGCGUUACAGUUGAAGAGGUUUGCAUACGUGCCUUUCGGGAGAGGAAAGCUGAAUCAUUUCGUUGAGUACCCUCUGGAGCUCGAUAUCACGCCAUACACUUCAGACGAAGGUCUUACGUCGAGAGGAAAGGCAGUUUACGAUUUGUACGGCGUGCUCGUGCACGCGGGUAACAGCUCAAAUAGCGGUCAUUAUUACUGUUUUGUCAAGGUGGCAACGGGAACUUGGUGCUUGAUGGAUGACGAUGAAAUUACCUCAGUGAGUGAAAAAGUGGUGCUCAAGCAGCAAGCGUAUUUACUCUUUUAUGCUCGCCGC